AUGUCGUCCGCCUACAACCCGAUCAAGCUCCGCCGGAAGAAGAAUGUCAAGAAGGGUAUUCAGUUUUGUCUGAUGGUCUGCGGUGCCAGCGGAACUGGUCGCACAACUUUCGUCAACACUCUCUGCGGAAAGCAGGUUUUGCAAGGCAAGGAUGCGGAUGAUGCCGCCAAUGCUCACCUUGAGGAGGGUGUCCGCAUCAAGCCAGUGACCGUGGAGCUCGAAUUGGACGACGAGGGCACCCGAAUCUCUCUCACCAUUGUUGAUACCCCGGGUUUCGGUGACCAGAUUGACAACGAAGCCAGGCAUAUUGUGGGAUACCUAGAACGCCAAUACGACGACAUCCUCGCGGAGGAAUCACGAAUUAAGCGAAACCCCCGAUUCCGGGAUAACCGUGUUCAUGUCCUUUUGUACUUCAUCACACCAACCGGUCACGGCCUCCGUGAGCUGGACAUCGAAUUGAUGAAGCGUCUCUCCCCACGUGUUAACGUUAUUCCCGUUAUCGGAAAGGCCGACUCGCUCACACCUGCGGAACUUGCCGAGUCCAAAAAGCUCAUUAUGGAAGACAUUGAGCACUACCGCAUUCCUGUUUACAACUUCCCUUACGAUAUCGAGGAGGAUGACGAGGACACCGUGGAGGAGAAUGCUGAGCUGCGGGGGCUGAUGCCGUUUGCUAUCGUUGGCUCGGAUGACUUUGUUGAGAUUGACAACCGCAAGGUGCGAGCCAGGCAGUACCCCUGGGGUGUUGUCGAGGUCGAGAACCCCCGGCACUCAGACUUCUUGGCAAUCCGAAGUGCCCUGCUCCACAGCCACCUGGCAGACUUGAAGGAGAUCACUCAUGAUUUCCUGUAUGAGAACUACCGUACCGAGAAGCUCAGCAAGAGCGUUGAUGGUGCUGCUACGACCGGUACCGAUUCAUCGAUCAACCCCGAAGACCUGGCUACUCAAUCCGUCCGCCUUAAGGAAGAACAGCUCCGCCGCGAAGAAGAGAAGCUCCGCGAGAUUGAGCUCAAGGUGCAGCGUGAGAUCGCUGAGAAACGCCAGGAACUGUUGGCUCGUGAGAGUCAACUGAGGGAGAUCGAGGCCCGCAUGGCCCGCGAGGCAAGCCAAGGAGAGGGCACCGAGGUCGAGCAGUAA